UUUACAUAUUAAUAUAUCAAAUGUCAUACUGUUCUUCUUAAUAAACGUGAAAUGAUUUCACUUUGUAAAGGAUUAAGCAGGAUUUCGAAAAUAAUACUUAGGCAUAGAAUUCCGCAGAAAGAGUUUGAGAAACAUUUAAGGAGCCAAAUUCGAUUCUCUACCUGUGAUAAUGAGCAGUGGGAUUUCGUAGAUAUGAAACAUGCUGAAUAUGAAAGGGUUUGCACUGAAACUCUAGAAGGUUUAUUUGAAUAUUUUGAAGAAUUAUUGGAUUCUGCAACUUUUGUGGAGUUAUCAGAUGUUACUUACAAUGAUGGUGUUCUCACAGUAAAUUUAGGAUCUUCUGGAACAUAUGUGAUAAACAGACAGACUCCGAAUAAACAGAUUUGGUUAAGCUCUCCAAAUAGUGGCCCCAAACGAUAUGAUUUUUUUGGAUCCAAAAAUGCGGAAUUAGGCCAAUGGAAAUAUAAACAUACAGGCGAAUCAUUGCACAGUUUACUACAAAAAGAAAUAAAAACAAUAUUAAAAAAGGACGUAAAUUUCUUUAAACUACCUUAUUCUGGAUAUAAUCCGACUCUGGAAACAUGAUCGAAAUUUUUAAACUUAUUAAAUAAAGAAUAAC